CAUUGAAAAAACAUCCAAUAGGACUGCGGAUACCUUACCCGUCUGCUUUCGAGUGCAAGCCAAUGUGGUAUUGAGUGAGCUUAACGAUAUACCCUCUCGCAUUAGUCCACCAAAAUGAUCCAAGAAGACGAAAUAGUAAUAUCAGGAAUUGCCGGACGAUAUCCGGAAUGCGACUCAUUCAACGAAUUCAAAGAAGCUCUGCUUGCGGGAAAGGACUUGCUUACUGUAGACGAUCGCCGCUUUCCUCCUGGUACUUACAACACCCCCCCGAGAACAGGAAAAAUCAACAAUAUCGACCGGUUUGAUGCCGGUUUUUUUGGAAUCAAUCCCAAACAAGCUGACCUCACAGAUCCUAGACAAAGGAUUAUGCUCGAGACCGCUUUCGAAGCUAUAGUGGACUCUGGAUACAACCCAAAAGAACUCAGAGGAUCCAAGACUGGUGUUUACGUUGGUAUAGGUCAGUUCGACAACGGCCAAGGCUUUAAAGAUGUCGAAAAAACCAACGGCUACACUAUGAUCGGCUACUGCUUGGGACAAGUAGCGAAUAGAACUUCGUACCAUUUCGACUUAAAGGGACCAAGUUACGCUUUGGACACCGCAUGUUCGUCUGGGUUCUACGCCAUGGUUAAUGCUUUCAAAGCAAUUGAGAGUGGUGAAAUUGACGCCGCCCUAGUAUCUUCCGUUCACAUAAAUUUCCAUCCUCACGAAGCUAUGGAGUUUACAUCGCUGAAUAUGAUGUCCCCCGAUGGGAAGUGUAAGGUGUUUGGGGUCGGUCGUGAUGGCUACGGUAGGUCAGAGGCCAUCGUCACAAUGUUCUUGCAAAGGAAGUCGCGAUGUCGAAGGAUGUAUUCCACAAUUCUGGGCGGUCAGACCAAUAGCGAUGGAUUUAAAAUCGAGGGGCUCACUUAUCCGUCUUCCCAAAUGCAACUGAAGCUGAUGCAAGACAUUUAUAGCUCGAAAGUCAUUAAACCGGGUGACGUAUCCUACAUAGAGAUGCACGGCACUGGUACUCCUGCGGGAGACUUGGAAGAAUGUAAAGCGGUAACGGAGUUCUUCUGUCGCGAUAGACACAGUCCGAUACCGGUCGGUGCUGUGAAAACCAACAUGGGACAUUCCGAAAUAUCUUCGGGAUUAUGCUCGAUCACGAAAGUUUUAGUAGCUAUGGAGACCGGGGUUAUCCCAGCAAAUAUUCAUACUGAUAAUAUCGACGACACAUUGCCUGGAAUAGGUUCCGGACAGUUGAAGGUAGUUACUCAAAACAUUCCAUGGGAAGGGGGCGUUGUCGCUCUCAACUGUUUUGGUUUCGGUGGUGCCAAUGCACAUUUGGUAUUAAAAUCGAACCCUAAACGUAAGUCAUUACUCAAACCAUCGAACCAAAGAUUGGUAAACGUAUCCGGACGAACGGAGGAAGGCCUACAUUACAUGCUCGAUGAGAUCGAAAAACAAAAAGACGAUGCAGAAUUCUUAGCUCUUCUGGAUGAGAUACACAAGAUCGACGUCGAAGGUCACAACUACAGAGGAUACGCGGUUUUGAGUGAUAAUCCGGUUCGACAAGUGAAUAAAAUUGGCAAAGAACGCCGGCAGGUAUGGUUUAUCUACACCGGAAUGGGUUGCCAAUGGGCGUCGAUGGGUAAGGACUUAAUGAAGUUCGACGUAUUUCGGAACACUUUGACGAGAUGCGGAGCCGUACUGAAACCUUACGGUGUAGAUCUGGAACACAUCGUCACCAGUGACGACUCUACAAUUUUCGAUAAUAUUGUGAACUGCUUUGCUGGUAUAUCGUCGAUGCAGGUAGCCCUAACAGACUUAAUUAAGUCAUUUGGUAUUGAACCAGAUGCGUUUGCGGGUCAUUCGCUUGGCGAAGUAGGAUGUGCAUAUUGCGAUGGAGAAAUAACCGCUGAGCAAGCAGCUCUCAUAGGUUUCGCUCGUGGCUACGCGGCCAACCAAUCGAAAACUGGUUUUGGUUUAAUGGCAGCCGUAGGUUUGAGCAAGGAAGAAUGCUCAAAAAUGCUACCAGAAGGAACGUGUAUCGCCUGCGUAAACAGCAACAGUAGCGUUACAGUUUCAGGACCGAUGGAGAUCAUUGAAACGUUCGUUCAAAAAUUAACAGAAGUUGGAAUUUUUGCCAAAUUAGUUAAAAGCGGCGGAUACGCUUUCCAUUCCAAGUAUAUGCUCGACGUAGGUCCGAUUCUCUUGGAAUUCCUCAAAGGGGUUUUGAAGGACCCCAAACCAAGAUCGGGGAGGUGGAUUUCUAGCUCCUGGCCUGAAAAGGAUUGGGACAAACCCCAGGCGAAAAUGAACGACGCGUUUUACCAUUAUAACAACUAUAGCAACACCGUGUUAUUUAACCAGGUGCUGGGAAAGAUUCCGAGUGAUGCGGUAGUCAUAGAAGUCAGUCCUCAUGGUUUACUGCAGUCGAUUCUAAAAAGGGAAUUGGGACCCAACAUCUCUUACAUCAGCCUCGCUGAUAGAAACAGCCAAGAUAAUGAACAGUUUUUCCUAUCAGCAAUUGGAAAGUUCUAUAUAAAUGGAGGACAGGCAAAUCUAAGACAAGUUUACGACGAAAUCAAAUUUCCAGUUGGAAAAGGUACCAGCAACAUAGGCUCCUUGAUCAAAUGGGAGCACAGCGCUAAAUGGUUCGCGCCGCUCUUUAAAGUAAAAGAUCAUUUUGGAAAAGAGAUUAGGAUAAAUACUUCGGAAAGUGAGUACUCUUAUCUGGAGGGCCACAAUAUCGACGGACGAGUCCUGAUGCCCGCAACCGGAUACCUGGAAAUGAUAUGGAGAGUCCUAGCUAAUAUGCAUUUGAAGACCUUCGAGAAGUUUCCGGUGGUGUUUGAGAAUGUCAAAUUCUCUCGCGCCACAGUCUUGCCGACGAACCAGGACGUCACUUUUCUAAUAAACUUCAUGAAACAAUCGGGAUAUUUUGAAAUCUUCGAGGGCGGAUCAGUGUGUUGUUCCGGAAAAAUACAUUAUUCGAAGAACACUUCUACAGAAUUCACGGAUCUCCAUAAACCUACCAUUUUUUCCAACGGUUACCUACCCCUGAACACCCAGGACAUCUAUAAGUUCUUGCACAUGAAUCGAUAUCUGUACAGGGGAUUCUUCCGUGGAAUUAAAGAAAUAGACGUGCUAGGCUAUACGGGAAAAUUGCACUGGAAUAAAUCCUUCACCAGUUUCAUGGACACUAUGCUUCAAGUGUCACUAUUGUCAGAAACCUCUUCCGAUCUUCUUCUUCCAAGCAGGAUCCAAAAGAUUGUUAUCGAUCCUCUGAAUCACGCACAAUGCGUUGAUGAAGAAAGCGAUAUUUCAGUAUUCUUCGAUAAAGAUCUGCGGAUUAUCAAAUCCGGAGCUAUCGAAAUCGUAAACAUGGAGCCUACUAGAGCUCCAAAGCGCCAUGUUAAAGACGACGCAGUUUUGGAAAGCUUCACUUUUGAGCCUUACGACACUGUCACCACAAAGAACGAAAUCAACUUGGAGCAGAGCCUGUCUAUCGUCUUCCAGAUCAUAAUAGAAUUGGAGCCAAUCCUCAAUUUCACUUUUGGCGAAAUCGUGUCAGCUUCAGAAAACUCUUUCAGGGACAAGGUAGAAGAAGUCCUUAUGCUCCAACCGCUGGUAACUCUGGACUUUGUCAAAGAUAAACUUAAAAAAGUUGAUUUUUUAAUCUUUACCUCCCCUUGUACUGAUAAAUCACUGCUGGGUAAUCUCAAAGAAGGUGGUUUCGUUUUAUUCCAUGGUUUUGAAGAGGACGUGGCUUCGUUUGGAAUGACCUUGCUAUAUUGCAAUAGUUGCAAAGCUAGAGGAUUAUUUUUGCUUAGAAAAGUAAAGGAAGGGGUUGCGUAUUCCUUGGUGAAAGUCAGCAACCAAUUCGACUGGAUAGAAGAAGCAAAGUCGAUUAUAAAAGCGAACAGAAAGGAAGUCAUAUACCUGUACAGUCAAAAUGAUGACUUGUCUGGAAUUCUUGGGUUAGUAAAGUGCCUCAUCCGGGAGCCACUAGGAAACGUGAAGAUCCAGUGUGUUUUCAUAAAGGACAAAAACGCCGAACCCUUUAACCCAAAUUCCGAGUUUUAUCGGAAACAAUUGAGCAGAAAUCUAACAUUUAACGUGCUCUGGAAAGGCGUUUGGGGUAGCUACAGGCACCUCCCUAUCCACAGAAUGAAACAAAUCGACGUGAGUCACGCCUCCAACUUGAUACAAACAGUUGGCGAUCUUUCCACGUUUAGCUGGACAGAGAGGCCUUCGUAUUAUUACAAAUACUUCUCUUCAUCAGAGUUAACAUACGUCGUCUAUUCCGCUCUGAACUUUAAGGAUGUCAUGGUGUCUACGGGAAAAAUAUCGAAUCCUCCAUCGAAAGAUCCCACUGCUCCCAAUCUCUCCGUCGGUUUAGAAUUUUCUGGUAUCACGGAGAGUGGUAAAAGAGUUAUGGGUAUCGUUCCCGGAAACAGUAUCGGGUUGCAAGUGAUGACGGAUCCGCUGUUUACCUGGGAAGUUCCCAACUCUUGGAAGUUGGAGGAGGCAGCCACAGUACCAGUAGUUUACGCUACGUGCUACUAUGCCAUGAUAAUGAGAGGACAAAUGCGACCCAACGAAUCCAUUUUAAUCCACGCUGGCACGGGCGGCGUAGGACUGGCGGCCAUCUCUAUCGCUUUGAGCAUGAACUGCGAAGUUUACACCACUGUGGGGACGCCCGAAAAAAGGGAAUAUCUCGCCAAAAUGUUUCCCGACUUAAAAAUCCAAAACAUCGGCAAUUCGAGGAACUCCUCUUUCGAGUUGAUGGUCAAACGGAACACCCAGGGCAAAGGAGUAGACCUGGUGCUCAACUCGCUCUCCGCCGACUUGUACCACGCCUCCCUUCGGUGUUUGGGUAGACGCGGGCGCUUCUUGGAGAUUGGUAAAGUCGACCUUCAAGAAGGAACCCCAAUGAACGCCAAUUUGUUCGGCAGGAAUAACAGCUUCCACGCGGUGUUCCUCGAUGACUUGUUCUCGGAGGAUUGCUACCUAAAGGUGGAAGUGCAGAAAUUGUUACGCGAAGGAAUUGUCAAAGGUGUCGUUCGGCCUCUGCCUAGUACAGUCUUUUCCGAGCAUAAGGUAGAAGACGCGUAUAGAUAUCUCGCCACGGGGAAACACAAGGGGAAGAUCCUUAUAAAAAUUCGAGACGAGAAGCAAAUGAAUCUGCACAGAACCAUUCAGGCAAUACCAAAAAUCUACUUUGACCACAAAAAAACGUUCAUCAUAAUCGGCGGCUUGGGUGGGGUGGGCCUCGAGCUCGUCAGUUUCCUCAUCUCGAGAAAUGCGAAGAAAAUCGUGCUCAAUUCCAGAAGGGGUAUCUCGAAUGGGUACCAGUCGUUGUGUUUGAAGCGUUGGUCUGAAAUCGAUGGAGUUACCGUUAGAUUGAACAUCGACGACAGCACCACCAUCCAGGGAACUGAAGCCUUAGUUAAAUUCGCAGAGUCCAUGGGCCCCGUUGGAGGGGUAUUCAACAUGGCUUUAGUCCUUGAAGACGGCGCCUUCGUAAACCAAACUGCCAACAAGUAUUCGAGUGUCUUCAAAUCCAAAUUCGUAUCUGGUUCCAACAUGGACGCGGUUACUAGGAAGUCGUGUCCCCAAUUAGAGCAUUUUGUAGUGUUCAGUUCUUUAGCGUGCGGCCGCGGCAAUCCCGGGCAGACGAAUUAUGCGAUGGCGAACUCAGCCCUGGAAAGACUGUGCGAGCAGAGACGUGAGGAUGGAUUACCAGCGCUGGCGGUGCAAUGGGGAGUAAUUGGAGAAGUGGGAGCAGUAGCUGAGGUGUCCAGUUAUCAGAAGGUUCUCGACGUCAUGGGGAUCGAAUCUCAGACGGUUUCGUCUUGUAUGAACUCGUUGGAAAUAUUUAUGCUCCAACCUAGUGUCAUAUGCGCCAGUUUUCUGCGAAAAGACCGUACCUCCAAAUCGGAGGAGGCUGAGGGGAAAACACUGGCUGAAACUAUCGUUCACAUAUUAGGAAUUAAAAAUAUCGAAAGCGUUGACAAAAACGUAUCACUAGCUCAGAUCGGGUUGGACUCCCUGAUGGUCGCCGAAAUUAAGCAAACGAUUUAUCGAAACUUUAACAUCGAGUUGACGUCUGAGGAGAUCCGCGACCUCACGGUUAACAAAAUCAAUUCUCUUCUGCAGGAGAAAAAUCAACCUGCUGAAGAUAUUGCCGGUUCAGAGGUCGGUACCAUAAAUGCAAUGUUGUCCUCGCAGCCUAUCCUUGAAAUCAUCAACGACAAAUCCUUUACGAAAAAAGUAUUCCUUCUUCAUCCGAUCGAAGGACACGUGGAAGCCAUGAUACCAUUGGCUAGGAUUUUGAAAGCUAACGUCUACGGUCUUCAAUGUACCCGAGAGUCGCCCAUCGACGAUCUAAAGGGCUACGCCCGAGAUAUUACCCACCACAUCAAAAAGAUUCAAAGCCAGGGGCCUUACAGUUUGUGUGGUUAUUCUUUCGGCGGGGCCGUCGCUUUCGAGGUGGGGGUGCAGCUGGAAAUGCACGGAGAUCGGGUUCAGAUAUUUUUCCUGGAUGGUACUCCGAGUUUCGUGAGGAAAACGCUGGAAACCUAUUCAGAAAAGCGGGACAGGAGAACCAAGGUUUUGCAAGGGUUUUUGCACACGUUUCAUGGGGUGGAUCAGGAAAAGAUCGGCGAUUUAUCCGACGAAUCCCAUUCUUGGCAACAAAUGUUGUCAUUGGUGGGGAAACUGGUUGCUGACACUACAAAGUACGACCCUCGCGACGUUGAAGUCGCUGCCGACAGAUUUUUCAAUCGUAUAAAAGCAGCGUAUUACUACGAACCAGAUGCCUUCUUCGACGGCUCAGCGACCCUCAUAAGAGCCGAUAACAAAACGCUAGAAGCACCAAUUGAUUAUGACCUUCAAAAGAUCUGCAGCAAACCGAUAAAGUUGCUUCAACUGCCAGGAGACCACAAGCAGAUACUACUAGGACAGAACCUCUCCAAAAUAGCUGAAGUUAUUAAUUCGUCCUUGGAGUGAUAAAUAAAACUAAAGUUUGUAAAAUAU